UAGGAAAGUCACAUUUUGUACAUAGAGGAUGGUAACUGGCUUUGUAUGAAUUCCAAUAUGUUCCUCUAAAAGUGACUGCAUAUAUUUUAUUGCCAGAAGAGAAAGAAAGCAUGUUGAUACUGAAAAGAAAUUAAAAUGGCGUCCAGAGGAAAGACAGAAACCAGCAAACUGAGGCAGAAUUUGGAAGAGCAGUUGGAUCGGCUAAUGCAGCAACUCCAGGAUCUGGAAGAGUGCAGAGAUGAACUGGAUGCUGACGAGUAUGAAGAAACAAAGAAGGAAACGUUGGAGCAGCUGAGCGAGUUUAAUGAUUCAUUGAAAAAGAUCAUGUCUGGAAAUAUGACGCUUGUAGAUGAGCUCAGCGGGAUGCAGCUGGCAAUUCAAGCAGCAAUCAGCCAAGCGUUUAAGACCCCUGAAGUUAUUAGAAUGUUUGCAAAGAAACAGCCUGGGCAGCUAAGGACACGACUAUCAGAGAUGGACCGGGACUUGAUGGUGGGUAAACUGGGGCGAGACAUCUACACACAGCAGAAAGGGGAAAUUCUCACUGCGUUACGAAAACUAGGAGAGAAGUUGACACCUGAAGAUGAAUCUUUCCUCGCUGAGCAUGCAGGAGCUGCUCUCAGCCAGUUUCAGAAGGUCUCAGAAGGUUUGGGUACAGGUGACAAAGUUCUGGCUCUGGCAGGCAUUGAAGUAGAGAAUACAAGGAAAUGAAGAUGAGCACGUCGUAGGAACGCUAAAUUAAUGUGUGCAGAGCACAGGGGCAGGAGGGGGGUGAUUUGGGGUCCGGUUAUGUACAAAGUUGUUUUGUAUACCUACAGAAUGUGAGUGUUUCAUACGUCUUUAGCACUUACUGCUAGUCUCUUAUUAGAGAUUGCAGAAGAUUUAGUCUAAUCACAUUUUUAUCUUUUUACAAAAUUCCAUAAAGGACAGUUUCAUUUUCAUUGCUUUUGAUAUAAUUGCACAUAUUUAAUACUUAGAUUUUUUGUUAUUGUUGUUGUAUUGUUGUGAG